AUGGGCCAGCUGAGGGAGCAGCAUUUACUGAAGCUGCCUGUCAACUGCAAGACUCAUAUCCCCAACAAACCAGGGGCCGUGUUUAACCUCUGGCUGAGCAAGGUAAAACCUAAAGGCUUUGCCUACCAGCCCAUGAAGGCUCUGACGGUCGGUGGGGGGAACGGCUGCCCCAGCUCGCAGACACAGUUUGUGCCGCGAACGUUGCACGUUUUGGGCGUUAUCGAGGCGGGGUUCCUGCAUCCCCCAUCUCCAGUGCAGCAGAGUGGAGUGCGACACUGCUCCUACUCGUCGUCGAGGAAAAAUCUUUAUAUUAACAAAAGCACAAAGGUUGUCUGUCAGGGUUUUACAGGCAAACAGGGCACCUUUCACAGCCAGCAGGCACUGGACUAUGGCACAAAUCUAGUUGGAGGAAUUUCUCCAGGAAAAGGGGGCAAAACUCAUCUGGGUCUGCCUGUCUUUAACUCUGUGAAGGAGGCCAAGGAACAAACUGGUGCUUCUGCCAGUGUUAUAUAUGUGCCCCCUCCGUUUGCCGCUGCCGCGAUCAACGAAGCAAUCGAUGCAGAGAUGCCGCUGGUCGUAUGCAUUACUGAAGGAAUCCCCCAGCAGGACAUGGUUCGCGUUAAACAUAGGCUGCUUCGUCAGGAUAAGACUCGACUAGUUGGCCCAAAUUGCCCUGGAGUCAUCAAUCCUGGAGAAUGUAAAAUUGGUAUCAUGCCGGGUCACAUUCACAAGAAAGGAAGGAUUGGUAUCGUGUCAAGAUCUGGCACCCUGACAUACGAAGCUGUUCAUCAGACAACGCAAGUUGGAUUAGGGCAGUCUUUCUGUGUCGGUAUUGGAGGAGAUCCCUUCAAUGGAACUAAUUUUAUUGACUGCCUUGAUGUCUUCCUGAAGGAUCCUCAUACUGAGGGGAUCAUAUUGAUUGGAGAAAUUGGAGGAAAUGCUGAAGAAGAUGCAGCAGCAUUCUUGAAAGAAAAUAAUUCU